UCGAAAUCUUAUAAACCCUAUUUUGGGUGGACGGUGCCUAUAAAGGUUUCAAAGUUAUUACCAUUUGCAAACUUCAAUUGGAAGGCAUUGCUUACAGAUGAUCCUUGCUUUCGACGUUAUGUUGACUGUAUCAUUGUGAACGCCCAGCCUUAUGAGCGAAGGCUCAUUGUCUCGAAAGUCAGACGGGAACAUACACUUGUCUGCGACCUAUUCGCGCAUGUUGGAGAUCAAGCUCCAGCUCGUUUGCUCAAAUUUCAGACUCGCGAUUAUUUUGAACCCACUCAUGCCUAUCAUUUCGUAGCACGUGCAUCACAGCUGGAUCGUCGAGAAAACUUUGAAGAAGCGGUGAAAACGGUAGAGACGGAAUCUCUCAUUGAGCAGAAGUUCUUCGAUAAGACCCCGCAACCUCCGCCAUAUUGUCCGCCAGGGAAAAGAAUUAGUUUUCUCCAAACCGAAGGAUUUGAGCUCUAUAAUAACGACGAGAUCAUCUUAGCAGUGAACAGUGUAACUGAAUGCAUCUCAGCUUGUGAAAGAAAUCAGAUUUCUGGACAAACGCUUGACUGCAGAUCAUUUGACUACUCUGAUUCGACCUGCUCUUUCUCCAAAGAAACGGCUGUGCCAGUUGGGAACGGCCAACUGAAGCAACGCAAUGAUACCACUUAUUACGAAAAGAUUUGCGUGGCAGAGAACUGUGAGCCAACAUUUGUGCGUUUUCCACAAAUGGUCUUAGUCGGUUUCGCUGAAGCUGUAGCUGAUGCGACCACAUUCGAGGCUUGUUUCGAAUACUGUAUGGAGAGUCAAUCAAGAUUUGGAUUCAACUGCUCCAGUGGGAUGUAUUUUUUCGAGGAGGCACAACUGAACUGCAUUUUGAACUCGGAAGAUCGACACACUCAAAGUGAAUUGUUUGCUGAAGAAAACACGGACAUUGUCGAUUAUUUCGAGAUCGGCUCAACUCGUCCGCGAAUACGAUCAGCUAAG